AUGACGGAGGCAAGGGCAAUCAAAGAGAUUCUAAGCAUUUUCGGACAGACAACAGGGCUGCACACAAACCUAGCCAAGUGCUCAGUCACUGCCAUCUACGGAGCCGACGACGUUCUGCCGGAAAUUGUGUCCAUCCUCGGCUGUCAAGUGCAGACAUUUCCAAUCAAGUAUCUGGGGCUGCCGCUCAGUACCAAAUCAAUCCCCAAAACACACUACCAGUCACUAGUACAAGCUGUCGACAGGAAGCUACCACCGAGCCACGGUUCGCUAAUGGCGAGAAGUGGAAGGUUAGUCUGGGUAAAGUCGGUCCUACGGGCGGUUCCCAUCUACGCCAUGAUGGCAGAAAAUCUUCCCACUUGGGCAAGGAAAGAGAUCGACGGCAUCUGCAGGCGAUUCUUUUGGGCCGGGAAGGACCAGUCAGUCAGAGGAAAGUGCAUGGUUGCGUGGAAAGCUUGGUGCAGUCGAAGGAGCUCGGUGGACUUGGGAUCAGCGACCUGCGCGGCGGCCGCCGCCCUACAAAAACGCUGGCUGUGGCUGCAGAGAACCGAUCAAGAUCGGGCGUGGAACCCAUUGCCGAUCCGGACCUCCAAGGAGGUCCAAGCCUUUCAACCUUCACGAGCUAGGCGACGGCUAAACGCUUUGUUCGGGAAGACCGGUGGAUCGACGGGAGGGCGUCGCCACUAUCGCCCCAUACCGCACGAGAAUUUUCACGGCGGGUGCGGCGCGACGCUAACGGUCGACAAGGCCUCUCCGGGACAGCACAUGGGGUGCGCUGCAUAA